UUCCCGGAAGUGUCUGAUUUCUGAGUCUGGUUUGCCGUGAUGGGUGUAAUUGAGUAUAUAGCCUGUGCAAGGAGGAGAUAAACUCUGGAUUGUGCACCGUCCCAUCCUAUAAACAGUCUUCUUUACAAAAGCAACCUGCUCCAUUUCUUCACAAUGUGUCUGGAUGAAGAAUUCCUUUAGCUUUUAUAGAAACAAGAAUAUUUGUGUGGAACACAGUGCCGAAUCAACAGUUAAUUUUGGACACUGUUCUAAUACUCAGGUUUCAAUGUUGACACUUACAGCUUUCCUGAAAUAUGUCUGCACUUGUGAACAGAGCACUGUAUCUUUGCCUUAGACGUCAGGGAACACACAAUGCUUUUGUCUGUUCAUAUGUUACUUCAGGGAUAGAAAAACCUGCUGCUCAUCAUGUUACAUUCCUCAGGCGAUAUGGCUCUGAGAGUGGCAAGGAUGUGGUAGAUAUGUCAGUGUUUCCAGCUGAAAAUAUCAGAAAUUUUAGUAUAAUAGCUCAUGUAGAUCAUGGCAAAAGUACUCUAGCAGAUAGGCUGCUGGAGAUAACAGGAACAAUUGCUAAAACUGAGCAUAAUAAACAGGUACUGGAUAAACUGCAAGUGGAGCGGGAAAGAGGAAUCACUGUUAAAGCACAGACUGCCUCUCUCAUUUAUAAUUAUGAAGGAACAAACUACCUCUUAAAUCUCAUUGAUACACCUGGCCAUGUUGAUUUUAAUUAUGAAGUAUCAAGAUCGUUGUCAGCUUGCCAAGGUGUCCUGCUGGUAGUGGAUGCAAAUGAGGGUAUUCAAGCCCAAACUGUAGCAAAUUUUUUUCUUGCAUUUGAAUCACAACUCGCUAUAAUUCCUGUUAUAAAUAAGAUUGAUCUAAAGAAUGCGAAUCCUGAGAGAGUAGAAAAUCAAAUUGAAAGAGUAUUUGAUAUUCCGAGAAAAGAGUGCAUUAGGAUUUCUGCUAAGCUUGGAACAAAUGUUGAAAAAAUACUUCAGGAAGUUAUUGAAAGGAUCCCUCCACCCCAGGCUAGCAUACACGAUCCAUUAAGGGCUUUGGUGUUUGACUCUACUUUUGAUCAGUUCAGAGGGGUGAUUGCUAACAUAGCACUGUUUGGUGGAGAGAUCCAUAAAGGCCAAAAGAUAACAUCGGCUUACACAAAAAAGAUUUAUGAAGUUAACGAAGUGGGAAUUCUGAGACCUGGUGAGCAGCUAACGCAUAAACUAUAUGCUGGCCAGGUUGGCUAUCUUAUUGCUGGAAUGAAAGAGAUUACAGAAGCUCAAAUAGGAGAUACAAUCUAUUUACAUAACCAACCAGUGGAACUAUUUCCUGGAUUUAGAUCAGCAAAACCAAUGGUUUUUGCAGGAAUGUACCCAGUGGACCAGUCGGAAUAUAACAACCUGAAAAGUGCUUUAGAAAAAUUGAGACUUAACGACUCUAGCGUCUCUCUCCACCGUGAUAGUAGCCUUGCCUUGGGAGCAGGAUGGAGGUUGGGGUUCCUUGGCCUUUUGCAUAUGGAAGUUUUUAAUCAGCGCUUGGAGCAAGAAUACAAUGCAUCUGUCAUUCUGACAGCUCCUACCGUGCCCUAUAAGGCGAUUCUUUCUUCACAGAAAUUGAUAAAGGUGAUGAAGGACUUUCCUCAGUUGAUUGUCAAACUGCUUAUCAUUUGUCAGAACCGAAGGGCUGUUCAGAAGGACCUGGUGUACAUUGAUGAUCACAGAGUCAUGAUGAAGUAUCUCUUUCCAAUGAAUGAAAUUGUAGUAGAUUUCUAUGAUACUCUGAAAUCCAUCUCAUCUGGAUAUGCUAGCUUUGACUAUGAAGAUGCAGGAUAUCAGACAGCUGAUCUUGUCAAAAUGGACAUACUUUUAAAUGGAAAUCCUGUAGAAGAGUUGAUUACUAUUGUGCAUCAAGACAAAGCAUAUACAGUUGCUAAAUCCAUGUGCGAACGUUUAAAAGAUGUUAUUCCAAGACAACUGUUUGAAAUAGUCAUUCAAGCAGCUAUUGGAAACAAAAUAAUUUGCAGAGAAACGGUGAAGGCAUAUAGAAAAAAUGUCCUAGCAAAAUGUUAUGGAGGAGAUAUUACACGGAAAAUGAAACUUCUGAAGAGGCAAGCAGAAGGAAAGAAGAAAUUGCGGAAAAUCGGGAAUAUAGAAGUGCCAAGGGAUGCUUUCCUAAGUGUUCUGAAAAGGCAGCCUGACAAAUAGUCUGCAGAUAUGACGCCCACCUAUUUAAAAAAAAGUAAUAGGCAGUUCACUGAUUGCUGGGUGCUGUCUUGUAUAUAUUCCCAAUGUAUAAUACACAGCUCAAUGAGUUAUCACUAA